GACGCGAGUUGAACGUUCAUAUCUGUAAUCGUUUUUAAUUUAAUAUUUUUAGAUAAUUUACAAUGCUGUGUUGGAAAUAAGUGCCUAAAUAUUUUACAGGUAGUUUUCUAGUGUAAGUGUUUAUAGAAUAAAUGCUUUCGAGAUGUCGAAGAAUAAGAUAGCGGCUCGAAUUGAUAGUCAAAGUGUUGAAGUCAAAAGUAAGUUCGACGCAGAAUUCCGUCGGUUCUCGCUAAGUCGAACGGAGAAGCUAAAGUAUGAAGACUUCAUGGGUCUCAUCGAGAAGCUUCACAGGCUUCACGACGUGGCCUUCCUGAUAUCGUACACAGACCCUCGCGAUGGAGACCUGCUGCCCAUCAACAAUGAUGAUAACCUGGCGAGGGCGCUGCUUACCGCACGGCCGCUGCUCAGGGUCAUUAUACAGAGGAAAGGCGACAGCCUCGAGGAACUCAAUGGAUACGGCACGAUGCGGCGGCGCAACAUCAUCUCUUCCAUCCUGAGCGGGACGCCCGCCAAGAACAAAGGAUUGGCCAUAUCCAACCCGCACGACUUCAGGAUGGUAUCAGCGAUCAUAGACGUGGACAUAGUUCCGGAGACGUGUAGAAGGGUGAAGCUUUUGAAGCACGGCUCAGACAGACCUUUAGGAUUUUUUAUUAGAGACGGCACCUCAGUCCGCGUGACCCCGGGCGGGGUGGAGCGUUCCCCGGGCAUCUUCAUCUCGCGACUGGUGCCGGGCGGGCUGGCCGAGUCCACCGGCCUGCUGGGCGUCAACGACGAGGUGCUCGAGGUCAACGGCAUCGACGUCUCCAACAAGACGCUGGACCAGGUGACGGACAUGAUGGUGGCGAACUCGUCGAACCUGAUCAUCACGGUGCGGCCCGCCAACCAGCGCGCGCCCGCGCCCGACGCCGGCCGCCACUCGCAGCCCUGCAGCGAGCCAGAUGAAGACAGAUUCGACCAAGACGAGCAGGACGAGAUAGUCGACCUCACAGCCGUAACGCUGGAAGACCGGCCCGAACCAGCUCUUCCGGCCAAAGACGACGGCCACGUGCUACAUCUCUAGCACAAGAUCCUUGUGCUGAAGUGAUAACGGUUCUAGUGAUGUGCCAGUGAUUCCGAAGUGAUUAGUGAAGUGAUAGUGAGCAAAGUGAAACAAGCCUAUUUGAAGCUUUAUCAAGUCCAUUCAUCUAUAAGGCUUAGUAAAGAAAGAAAGAAAGUAUUUAUUUGAUGCGAGUAUUAAAAGCAUUACAAAUAAUUAACAACUUAACACUAAAAAACAGAGUACACGCACCAAAAUGGCAUCUGCUCAGUAUAAGCCGUGACGGCAGAGAGCACGUCACGACCACUGGUACCUAAUUGAACUGUUAUUCUACUGGUAUUUAUUAUGCCUUUGAAGAAACAAAGGAACAGAUUUCUUGAGCCAAUCAAGUGUAUUGACAUAGCAAGACUUCAAAAUGAGAGUAGCAAAAGAUAUUUCUAAAAAAUUAAUCAAAUGAGAUUGUCAGUUGAACUGCCACACAGCUAUUAGAAAACUACUAACUGGGUCCUGCUGUUAGUAUAUUAAGAUAUAUUUUUUUAUGAAAGACAAUGACCGCAAUCGCACUUGGUGUUAAUUUCCCUCCAUACGCGCAUAGUACCAUGCUUUAAAGGCAUUUACUAUUGUGGUUUUGCAAGCAAUACCAACUAUAGCUUAAAAACUCCAAUCAAAAAGAAAUUCUAUGCCCAGUAUAAGAGAUCUAAAAUUUAUAUCUCUUCUAUUUGCGAUAUGAGGCAAAGGCAACCUAUACAUGGCAUAUUAAACAUCUUAAACUUCCGCUCACUACGUCACGUCAAAACUCUUUGGAAUCAAACGGUUUCAUCACAGAAUCACGUCACAAGUGAAAUUUGGCUUAGUGAUACUGUCUAACCCAGCGGCAGACAUUCCACAGUGAUCAACGGUGCAAAACAAACCUUGUUACGAGGACAAUAAGUAUUAGAUCAGCUCGAAACAUUCCAUGCAUGCCUUAUUACUUGAGUGUCAAAGUAGGUAAAAUAUAUGUAAAUAUACAAGCAAUAAAUUCGUUGUUAGCGUUAAUUUUAUGCAUACAAUUGACAAGACACUGUUUAUGUCUGUGCUAUAGAUAUGACUAGCUUUCUCGAUCAUUACGGUAGCCAAUUAUUUUAAUUAUGAUAUGUAUGUGUGGCCUAAAUCUUAUUUAUCUCGGUUAAAGUGUUCGGUGGUCUCCGUCCUAAAACCAUUAGAGAAAUAAGUUUCUAAAGCCCGAUCUGUGAGCACGUAGAAUUUUGUCCAAUGACCCCAAGCUACCUAUCCUUAUCGCUCGCGCGUAAUUAUGUUGCUGUCGCGCUCGCACACUCACUGCGGGCGCGCGUCGCACAGUCGCGACAGCAAUAUAAUUACGCGCGAGCAAUAAGGAUAGAUAGCUUGGGGUCAUUGGACAAAAUUCUACGUGCUCAGAGACCAGACUAUAGCAAUCAAAAUGUAGUGCUAUUAACACUAUAGUUAACUGGCAUAUCUAUAGCACGGAUGUUUCUUAUAGCCUACCACCUAUAAAGGUUGAAAUUUAUAAAGAAUCUCGGGCAACUAUGAGUUUUAUAAUAUUAUGUCCCUUCUUUAUAAAUCUCUAUGUUUAUUAUUGUAAUGGCUAUUAAAGUUAAGUUUUAUUAUCGAUUCACAUUACUUAUGGGAUGAUUAUUAUAAUAAUGAUCAGUUAUAUCAUGGAUAAGUAAAUAUUAUGUUAUAGUAAUUUGUAAUUAUAGAUCUAACACUUAACUUACUCAGUGCUUGAGGCAUGGGAGCGGCACGGGGUGACACCACAGAAUAAUAAUAAGUACUACGUACAGAAGGUUAACUUCGCGAAGGUAUUUAAAAAAGUGUAUGCUCAAUGUCAUUAACAAUAUGGUGUAAUUUAGCCUGUCUCAAGAGUCAAGCACCAUUUUGUUGAAAAACGUCAGUGAUCGGCACUGCGCCGAAGCUAUAGGGCUGACUUCAGUAAAAUGAUGUGUGACGUGAGGUGCCAAACUGCAGAAAAUGGCGGAGGAAAUACAUGAUUAAGCAUUAAUUAUCAUGAAUAAUAUUAACCACUUAUUUACCUCUCAGUGUCUUCAGGCAACUUAAAAAAGUAGGUACAUUCUAUGUUUUUAUUAUUUUUAGGCAGUUAAAUACUACACAGUAUUUAGUACACCAUUUUCUUUAUUUUUUUCUAUUAUACACAAGAAUACGCGUGCGUGAGUCAAUGCUCGCUCGUAUGUGAGGCCUUGUCGAAUAGUAAUCCUGUAGGGGGCCAUCGCGCUUGUUUUGUUUUCGAUGUAAACUCGCGGAGAUGAACAGGCCUGGUGACACUGACAUAUUAUGACGUGACAGAGCAUACAAAUCUAAAACACAUUUGAAGUAGUGAUGCAACGAAUACUACUUUUACGAAUACGAAUAUUAAAUCUACCAUUCGGCGAAUACGAAUAUCUCUACAUAGUCAUGAAAUACUCAUAAAUUUAACUCUUUUUAUUAUGAUUAAUGUUUUAUUAAAAUUUACAAAUGGCAUUUUUUUUUGUUAUUGUAUCACUUUACUUUGUAACUAAUCACAAAACAAAAUAAUACUUGUACAAUCGACCUGCUAUUGACUGUCAAAUUCCGGAAGAGAACUUGCUUACUACUUUGUUACAUAAUGACCGGGGAUUUCCCGUCGUUUCGUUGUGGCUAUAGUGUUCGGAGACACUUACGUGUGGGACAAAUUUUUAAAUAAAUAAGUAUUCGUUCGUAUUCGUAAUUAUUUUUUGACCGAAUACGAAUAUUCGGUAAAUGUCUACUAUUCGGCGAAUACGAAUAUUCGUAUUCGUUGCAUCACUAAUUUGAAGUCUCGCUGACGUUUAACAUCCCAAAAACACCCUCACUUGCCGCUUCCAUGCCUCAAGCACUUACUUAGUUAAGCACUAGACAACUCUGUUACUAAAAGACGUUAGUUAAGUGCAGAAUGAAAUUCCAAAAUCGUUGCUCAGAAAUAUCAAAUGAACUCUAUUAAAUCGCUCAAAAUUACCAUUCCGUGAUCUAUCAAUUUCAUUCUAGAUCAACAAUAGCAAAAUUCAUAAUAUAGUAUGCCUCAUAUACCUAAAUAAUUUACAUAGGAUAAAAUGUAUUAUAAAUCACAUAAAUAGUUAAUUAGAGUGAAAAGUAUCUAAAAUAAGUAUUUCAUUGCGGCCUUUGUGGUUAUUUUGACCAUUAGAAAUGUAUGAAAAACCUUAAAUUUAUAUCCUAUUAUUAAAAUAACGCAUAUCAAUAAAAACACCAUUAUAUCAUUAAUGUAUUAAAAUCAAAAUUAUUUUUAUAAUCUUAACUCAUUUAUUGUUAGGAAAUUAUUAUUUAGUAUUCUCUUAAACAUUCAAAACACUUUUAGUUAUUUUUACACUACAUGUGCCGUUGUACCAUGGUAUCAAUUUUCGUUAUAAUCAGUACUUAAAUCAAUUAUUAUCAUAUUAGGCUAUAUUGAAUUAAAAUCUAUUAUUCAAAAACAAUCGAUAUCUAUUAAAAGCCACGUUGCGUGCCUUCA